AAAUGGUUGUUUCUAUUGUUUACAAGUAUCAUUAAGAAACGUGAAAUGUUUGUCUUUUGAUUUACGCAAAACACAAGAAAAGUAUUUCUAGCGGGCUAUCUAAGGAAGAUCAAUUGAUACAGAGUGGGUGUGUGUGUGUUUGUAUGUGAAUAAGAUGAGCCUAAAAUGUUGAUCCAAUUUCUAUCGUCAACCAUACAGUAACUGUGUAAACUGUACCAUUUCUGCCAUACGAUGCUGCGGCUCGAGCGUUUCGGUUCAGUUCUAUUACAGCUGUCGCAAUGGGAACAUUAAACUCGUCGUUUUUAUUUCGUUCACAGCUAAGACGUGUGAUAAGUAUUGCUAUCGUUGGCAUGCUGAUAUGUUUCUGCAUCGUGUUGUACGGUUUCAAACAUGCAGAUAGAACUGUGGAGAAAAUAAAUCGUGAUCGAUUGUUCCACCUACGUGAAGCAUGUGAACGUACCAAUAAUGGAGGAAAAAACACAAUCGAAACUUCAUUCUACAUCCACGUGAAAAACGAAAGCUUGCUGUACUGCUUGGUGUUUAAAUCGGGCACUACUUCCUGGUUUUAUAACAUCAACCGUUGGGCUGGGAUUAGUGAGGAAACAAUAUUAGACGAUAAAACGGAUAAUUUUAAUCUGGCCCGCCAAAAGUAUCCAUGGGAAAAUCCGCGAGUGUUACUAACUAGUAUGAAAAAUACCUACUCCUUCAUUGUGGUGCGUAACCCUUUCGAACGUCUGAUCAGUGCCUACGAGGAACGCUUGCUCGGACAGCUGCAUCCGUACUUUAAAAACCUUUCGCAUCAAAUCUACAGACGUUACCAUGACGAUGGUAAUCAUUUUGGUAUUCCUUCCUUUGAAGACUUUGCGCGAUUCGUCGUGGAGCAGUCUCGAAACAAAAAACCAUCUGACCUGCAUUGGCGACCGAUAAACGACCUGUGCACACCUUGCCUGGCACGAUACGACUCGAUCUUAAAAAUGGAAACGUUUGCACAAGACAUCGAAUACCUUACAAACCGUACCCAAUUGCAUGGAAAGAUUAAGCCGGUGCAAAUGAACCGUUCGCGUCGCGAUCGAGUUGAUCGGUUAAUAGAAAAGUAUUUUUCUCAACUGACCAAACAGCAGUUUGAUGAUUUGUAUGAUGUGUAUCGAAUAGAUUUUGAAUUAUUUCAAUAUUCAGCGGAAAGGUUCUCAAAGUAUGUAAAGCAAAAAGAAUAGCGUCAGUUGUAAAUAAACCUGGCAAAAAUGUGUCACUUUGGAAGGAAUUAGGAACGUAUAAGUUAUAAGAAAAGUUAGCUGCUAAUUGCAAUUCCUGAUUUGAUAUUUUCUUAAUGGGGUUUCACAAAUGUAGAUACCUUAUCAUGGUUUGAAAAAAAAGCUAACACUGAAUGGAACAUUCAAAGUAGUAGUAGUAUUAGUAGUAGUAGUAGUUUCUUCAUAUACGUUAUGUUUCUGUGUGUACAAAUGACUGAAUAAAGGUAUACAUUCAUUCUAAUCGAAA